CCAAGCAGCUCUUUCCUGAUUGGCUAUUGUUUAAUUGAAGGUGCCUCAAUGUCUAGAGGUGAGCUGGACGGUUACAGAAGACGAAGCAUCAGUUAGUAACGACGUAAUGUGCCUGGAAGAUGCUUCAAACUGCAUUAAAAUCAUCUUCAUUUAUGGAAUCAUCGACUUAUACAUUACCUCAAGCCCUGAAGACGAAGACAUUGAGGCGGGAGAGGAGAUGGAGAGAAAGCCAGAAAACAUCUGCAUUACUUUACCUGAAGGGAUAAGGAAGAAAGUUAUGUAACACAUGGUCUUUUGUAGAGGAAUGUCCAGAACUGGUACUAUGAACACCAAAUAAAACAAUGUAAAGGGAAAAUAUGCAAACCUAGCAAUCUCUGUCCCAUUUUCUGUUGUUGCAGACAGUUUCUGGCUCAAGAGUGAUGCCACCACCGAGUGCGUGUCACAACCUUCAAAAACCGACGUCAUUGAACCUGCAACAAGCAUCAGUGACGGCAGCUCACGCUCGAUCUGACGGGAUGUUUGAUUGCUGAUUGUAAAUAUUUUCCUAAAGCACAGAACGCUCUGUUUGUGUCAGUGUUGUUAAACUGUGAAACAUCACUGGAGUCUUUGGGUGUUUUGAAAAGCGCUAAAUAAAUAAAAUGUGUUAUUAAGGAGUAAUCAGUUUGAGGAACACCCUGAACCUGACAUGUAAACAGAACAAAGUUCAGCUCCAGUUUUAUUGUGAUCUACCCAUGUUUUCUUUGUGUUUGUCUGUUCAACACACACGUCAGUUUGUUUUUAUUAAGUGCUUUAGUGCUUCUAUGUAUAAUCCCCUUAACUUGAUAAUUUGUCCGCAGGGGCGCCAAAAUCAACCGUAACAGGAAGUUUCUCACAGGAGCUUUAACAGCAAGAAACAGCCUCUUUCACAACAUUUUACCCCAUUUCAACAUUACGCAACCUUUGGAAUCAGACUUCAGAGUGGAACUUUCCCAGAGCCCGCCCUCCCCUUCAGGACGAGAAUGCACCAUCAAGACUUCUCUGGAGACCCCCAGGGGUCUGGGAGCAGAAAAUCAUCCUUCCACUUCAGGAGGGGCAGCAGCGGGGCUUCUGGAGUCAGCUCGGUUGAUGACACCUCAGCCCAGGCUGGAUCCUCCUCUCCUGGACUCCACCACCACCAGCAGCAGAACCAGCAGCAGCAGUCCCAAGCUUCUGCUGGAGCCCAGGUGAAGAAGAAGAGUGGCUUCCAGAUCACCAGUGUCACAUCAGCUCAGAUCAAUGUGAGCGGUAACAACAGUUUAGCAGACGACACAGAGAGCUAUGAUGACAUGGAUGAGUCGCACACAGAAGACCUCUCCUCCUCUGACAUGCUGGAUGUUUCAGUCUCCAAGGCGACAGAUACUGGUGUCCCCGAGAGAAGCUCCUCUGAUGAGACGUUGAACAGUCUCCACGGGGUUGACACACCUGGACUCGUGUCGCCCAAUGAGCCCCUUCACCCUCAUUCCAUCCCCCAGGGCUCCCAGCAGCAUGCCUCUAUGGUAAACGGGACCCUGCCUCAUCAUUAUUAUCCUCAGCCCCACCAGCAUCACUCUGACAGCCAGGGGGGAGGUGAACCAGCUCUUCCGAUUGCACCUUUGGCGACUUCAAGCCCAGCGAUGAAAACUGGGUCCAGCCUGACUCAGAGGCCGGACAACACUAAACCUGCAGGUGUGACAACCCAACCUUUAGCCGCUGUUGUUGGUGUCACAGCCGGGGAUCCUCAACUACAAGGUGGUGUGAACAUUUCUAACAUAUCUGCUAUCUCUGCUGCUGCUGCUUCAUCUUCUGACAACACUAUUGGGACCGGGCAAGGAGGAGGAGGACAGGGCCCGUCUGCUGCUACUGCUCCCAACACUCAACCCCAGCCCACCCAAACGCAGGCGGCCACAGGCUCCCGUUUCAGGGUGGUCAAAUUAGACACUAACUCUGAGCCGUUCCGCAAAGGACGCUGGACUUGUACAGAGUAUUACGAAAAGGAGGUUCCUCAUCAAGCGACAGCUGAGGCGCCAAAAGGUGCAGAGGUGGCUGCAGAGACUGAGGCGGGUAAUACUGGGAUUAAUCAGGGAAUACCUGCUGUGCAGCCGCCUCACACACUGCAGCCGUACCAGCAGCCAAGCCAGGAUUUCACUAGUCCACAAGCCAUGCAGAGCCCUCCACAAGGGAUGGCCCAAGCCACUCCUCUGGCCUAUGUUUCACCCCAGGAGAUGGCUGGAGGGGCUCACAUGCAGAAACCAGCUACAGCUGUACCACAGACGGGUGUAAGUCAGCCUCCCCCUGCAGUACUUCCCCAGCAGCUGCCCUACGCCGUGGACCCCCACCAGGCUCAACCUCAGGGGGGCUACCCUGGACCCCAGCUCCAUGGAGGAGUCAUGGGCCUUGGGAAUGUCAGACAACCAGACUUCAUCCAGCCCACUGCUCCCUUCCAGACCCAGGUUCAGCCUCCACCACCACAUGUUACAACAGGACUUCCUAUAACACCUGUCCCAGGGGUCCCAGUCCAGCCAGCUGUCGGCAUUACCCAGCAGCUGGCUCAGGGUCAGGUGGCCCCACCUGCACAGGGAGCAUUCACCGGACAUCCACAGACCCUCCCAGCUCACCCUCAACCACAAAUCCAGCCCCACUCCACUGCCACAGUCCCGACAGCGCCCAUCCACGGGAACCCCUACAUGCCUCUCACAGCUGUCCUCCAGCCUCUCCUCGCCCAUGGCGCCGCAGCCUUCGCCAACAUCCCAGGAGGAGGGAGCUCCUUUAAAGCCUCUCACUUGGAGGACGCACAGAAGCUCCUGCUCCAGCACCAGGGCCUGCUGGGUUUCCCCAGGCUGGGGGCAGCUGCAGCCGGCGGAGAGGGGGCCGGGGAGAUUGGCGUCACAGCUGGAACUUUGGCCCACAUGGGGAUGUCUGCUGAGGCGAGCGCUUUCAUGGUCGCCGCUGCUGCAGGACUCAGGACUCAGCAUGCUGAAGGAGAGGACGACAGCUCAUCUGGUGCAAGUGUGGUGGCCAUUGACAACAAGAUUGAGCAAGCAAUGGACCUGGUCAAGAGCCACCUUAUGUACGCUGUGCGCGAAGAAGUGGAGGUGCUGAAGGAGCAGAUCAAAGAGCUCAUCGAGCGCAACACCCAGCUGGAGCAGGAGAACAACCUGCUCAAGAACCUGGCCAGCCCCGAGCAGAUGGCUCAGUUCCAGGCGCAGGUCCAGACCGGCGGCUCGCCGACCGGCACCACUCAGCCGCCGCUCCCGCCGCCGCAGACUGGGACCACGCAGGCCCUCCCCCCCUCACAGAGCUCUGGCACAUCUGCGUAACACAGCAGCUGCACAAAGGAGACCCUCCUCUCUGAAGAAGAAGAAGAGAGGAAGAAGAGAGGAUGAAGGGAGGAAGAUGACAAGAAGGAGACGGAGGAAGGAGUCUUGCCAUACUGUGAACUGACUCUAAACAUCCAGACCGACUAUGCCACCAUCUAAGAGGAUUGCACACUUCAACUCAAACCGGACGACUAACUUUCUUUUCUUUUUCUUCUUGCACCUUUUUAUUUAAUUGUCAGACUUUGGAGUUGCACCGGAGUGCGAGAGUGAGUGUGUGUCCCGCCGCUUUGUCUCUGACUUUUAAUACCUGCUUCAGACAAUCGCCGAUGAAGAUAGCGUGGGUAAGGACGGAGCCGAGCUGAGAGUGGAGCCGUGUGGCUGCUGUCGGACCAAGGAGGGAGCUAUCGUCCAAUCGGAGGUGUCGUCGGCGCUGUCCAAUCCCUUCGCAGUGUGACCGACUUUUGGAAAGUAUGCCAUCGUCUUGUUAAUCCCCAAUCUCACCUCAAACCCAGCACUCUCCAUCUUGCAUUAAAUGUUUCCAGUGCUGCUGCCCGUGCACUUUUCCCCCAGACAAUUUAGACGGACUUUAAAGACCUGAAGAACCCAUCUGGAAUGGGUGCUUUUUUUUCCCCCAGGUCUUUAAUCCAGACGAUCGAGGAGAAGAAAGUGAUGGAGAGAAUCAUGAAAGAUAUACUAGCUACGCCUCAUUGUUCACUUUAGGAACUGUGUUCUCCUCAAGGUUCACGUCGCUGUCUCCGUCCCCCCACCCAAACUCACUCUCCCCCCUCAUCUCGGAUGGAGCAUUAAACAUUUAUGCAGGGAAUCUUUUUUUAGGGAGGGUUUGUUUUGUCUUCUUUCUGUUUUUCAGCUCUUGUUGAUGUAAUGUCCUCGUGAUGUGUAAAAGUAAUCCACAGAAGAGCGGAUGAGUCGGACGUGACUGUUUCUAGGUUUGUACAGAUUAAAACUUUCCAAUUCAACUCUG